AGGUGGGGCGCAUGUGGCGGAAGUUUGCGCUCUGGGCUAGCGUAGAGGAUUAAACUGUAACGUUUAUUUUCAUUCUGUCUGACUCAACGUUCAAACAGCAUGAAGUAUAGUCAGCUUCGUCGUCCGUGUACAUGUGUCUUCACGCGACCUGUAUGAGAACAGCUGCAUGAGAGCGAUGUGCCUGCCAGCAGCCACAUUCCUGGACGACGUAGACCUCCAGGCAGAAAUUAAAGGUGUGGUGACCACAGACGGUGUGUAGAGGUUCCCCCACGGGCCAGUUUGUCUGUUUGUGUAUGUUUCUAAGUGAGUGGCAUAGCAGCUGGGUGCUGUAACGUGAAGCCAAGAUGCUGCUGUCUCUGGGAAUGUUGAUGCUGUCGGCCACGCAGAUUUACACCAUUUUUACCGUUCAGCUCUUUGCCUUCCUCAACCUGCUUCCUGUGGAGGCCGACAUUGCUGCUUAUUCAUUUGACAACAAAACUGAGAACUUUGAUGACCUGCCUGCUCGGUUUGGUUAUCGCCUCCCCAGCGAUGGACUGAAGGGCUUCCUGAUUGGUGCACGUCCAGAAAACGCCUGCGAGCCCAUCGAGCCCCCUCCGAGGGACAAUUUGACGGGUGCCUUCAUUGUGCUCAUCAAGCGUUUUGACUGCAACUUUGACGUAAAGGUCCUCAAUGCCCAGAAGGCCGGGUACAAGGCAGCCAUUGUUCACAACGUGGACUCUGAUGACUUAAUCAGCAUGGGAUCCAACGAUCUGGACAUCAUGAAGCAGAUAGACAUCCCCUCUGUGUUUGUGGGUGAGGAGACGGCCAACUCUCUGAAGGAGGACUAUGCUUAUGAUAAGGGGGGACAUGUGGUCCUGAUGCCAGACUUCAGCCUGCCGCUGGAGUACUACCUGAUCCCCUUCCUCAUCAUUGUGGGAAUCUGCCUCAUCCUCAUAGUUGUUUUCAUGAUCACCAAAUUUGUGCAGGAUCGACACAGGGCGCGCAGGAGCCGCCUGCGCAAGGAUCAGCUCAAGAAGCUUCCAAUUCACAAGUUCAAAAAAGGCGACAGCUACGAUGUCUGCGCCAUCUGCCUGGAUGAAUACGAAGAAGGAGACAAACUCCGAGUCCUGCCAUGUUCUCACGCCUACCACAGUAAGUGUGUGGACCCCUGGCUGACCAAGACUAAGAAGACGUGCCCGGUGUGCAAGCAGAAGGUGGUCCCCUCGCAGGGCGACUCCGACUCCGACUCCGAGGAGGGGGACAGCAGCCCUGAGGAGAACGAGGAGGUGUCGGAGAGCACCCCGCUGCUGCGCUCGCUGGCCUCCACCAGCGCCCACUCCUUCGGCACCAUGUCCGGGGCGUCGCGCUCGGAGCAGGACCAGGAGUCCUCGGAGUACGAGGACGACGAGCUGGACAGCAGCGACAGCGGGGAGGAGGACACCGUGGAGACUGUGGUGGUGCAGAUGCAGCAGCCGUGCUCCGAAGACCACGAGCACGACCUGCCCCGAGCUUGACUGAUUCAUGGCUGGUCUGAUCGGUCAGAAAGAAAUGAGACGAGUGCCCUCACAGCGUCCUCAGCCGCGGAGAAUCUGGAGGGCCCCUAACAGAUUGACCAUCCGAAAUUCUUCUGUCACUGCUAACAAUGCUAGAUAACAAUACGUAAUGUAUCCUACAGGUUCAGCACAUCUGUUUUAUGUUUUACGUUUGACACGAUUCUGAGUAAAAUGUUGAUUUUCGUGUCUAACAGGAAGUCAGGGCUGAUCGGGAGACGUAGCUGGACUGACGUACAGUAGUUUGUCUGUACCCUGUUGGUCAGUAAAUGUUAGUGAAAAAUGUUCAGAGGUCACAAGAUCACAAAAAUGACAAGUUAAUAAGGAUAUUGUGUAAAUAUGAUGUAUGCACCACAGUAUGUUACAUUUUUAGCUUUCUCUUAUGUGUUUACAAUAAUUGGGAAGCUCAUUAUUGUACAUACAUUUUCAUGCUACACCUUAAGACGCUAUGCAGCAUCUUGUUUUGUAAGACUCAACUAUCAUUAAUGGACGAUAGAAUCAUUUAAACCACAGCAAAGCGUUUUUGCCAAUGUAUUUGUAGGUCUUGCGUACGAAGGAGCCCCGAUGCUCCAGUCUGUGUUCUGUGCCACAGUCGGUCUGUUUUAAAGCGUUUCACUGUAAGAGGUGAAGAAACAUGUUUGAUGUGAAGACUGUGCUCUGUGACGCCACAGCGUGUCAGAAGUUACACUUGUGCAAAGUGCUGAGAGACACUUGAGUGGAAAGUGUGUCCACGUUGCCUGUGGUAAAUUUCAUUUGGCUGCUCCAGAUCUAUCAUUUCAUUGAACCUGGUUCCUGGUUGAUGGGUUCCACCGUGCACUCCUAACCGGUCUUGUCUUUUUAAUACUGUUCAAUGCCCCCCCCCACUGUUGCUAGAUUUUUCUUGAUAAUUCAUGUUGCCUUUUUCAGUUGAAAUAUUCCAUCAGUGUUUUGUCGCUCACGUAUCUGUUCUCUAUGAAUUCACUUCAAUAAAAUGAAAAGUACACUUGC